UUGCCUUUGAGCAGCAGCAAUGGAAAAGCUCUGUCUCCACACAAGCAAAAAUGCCUCCUUGUGAUUUUGUGCCUGAAAAAUACGAAUCCUAUCCGUACGAACGCAUGGGGAAGAUUCGUGAACAAAAUGUUUCUCCUUCACUGCGGAUGUAUUACAAGAAGCCGUUGUUGCUGCAUCAAGGACAUAUGCAGUGGUUGUUUGAUUAUGAUGGACGACGAUACCUUGAUCUGUUUGCUGGAAUCGCCACUGUCAAUGUUGGUCACUGCCACCCGAAGGUAACUAUGGCAGCCCAGAAACAGCUUGCUCGCCUGUGGCAUACCACUAAUGUCUACAUGCACCCCUCAAUCCAGGAGUAUGCUGAAAAGCUAACUUCUCUUCUUCCAGAUCCGCUUAAGGUGAUUUAUCUAACCAACAGUGGGUCAGAAGCCAAUGACUUGGCUAUGCUCAUGGCAAGGCUUUAUACUCGUAACUUCGACAUCAUCUCUUUAAGAGGAUCGUACCAUGGAGGCAGCGCUUACACACUGGGAUUGACAGCUGUUGGUCUUUAUAAGCAUGGUGUUGCCAAUGGCCUUGGCUGUUCAACAACAAUGUUGCCAGAUGUUUUUCGUGGCCCAUGGGGAGGCAGCCAUUGCAGAGAUUCUCCAGUGCAAACUGUUCGAAAAUGCAGCUGUUCUGAAGGUGUAUGUCAUGCAAACAACCAGUACAUUGAACAGCUCAAAGAUACUCUGAACACCACUGUGCCAAAGACAAUAGCUGGAUUUAUUGCUGAACCAAUUCAAGGUGUUAAUGGAGCUGUUCAGUACCCAAGAAAUUUCUUAAAGGAAGCUUAUCAGCUAGUCCGGGAAAGAGGGGGCAUCUGUAUUGCAGAUGAAGUACAGACGGGAUUUGGACGGACAGGCAGAUAUUUGUGGGGUUUUCAAACUCAUGAUGUAGUCCCUGACAUUGUUACUUUUGCAAAAGGAAUUGGUAAUGGCUUUCCAAUGGCGGCUGUUGUUACAUCAAAAGAGAUUGCAAGUCCCUUGGCUCAAAACCUUCACUUCAAUACAUUUGGAGGAAGCCCUUUAGCCUGUGUAAUUGGAGCUGCAGUUCUUGAUGCAAUUGAAGAAGAUGGUCUACUAAAAAACUGUGAGGAUGUGGGAACUUAUAUGCUAUUGGAGUUGGCCAAACUACGGGAUAAAUUUGAGAUUGUUGGAGAUGUCCGUGGCAGGGGACUUAUGAUUGGAGUGGAGAUGGUGACAGAUAAGUACAGUUGCCAUCCUCUUCCAGCUGAAGAAAUGGCUCAGAUCUGGGAGGACUGUAAAGACAUGGGGGUUCUGAUCGGCAAAGGAGGACUCUACGGCCAGACAUUUAGAAUUAAACCUCCUCUGUGCAUUACUAAAAAGGACGUCGACUUUGCUGUGGAAGUAUUUCAUACUGCUUUGCAGAGGCAUGUGGAAAGAGCAACUAAAAAAUAG